UCUAGGACACAAACAGCUGAGCUGAACAGACCUUCCCUCAGAUAAGAACUGCUGAGCUUUAGCGAGGAAUCCAGAGGAAGAGACAUUUGAAAACGUCUUUGUGUUUUUGGUCUCAUGAUCGUGUGAAUCCUCACAAAGCAUCUUUUGUUGGUUUGUCUGAUGUCAUGAUGGUGCAAGGAGGGAAGCGGCUCAGCAGCGUUUCUUUCCUCAGAGGCAGAAAUAAACACCCUUCUGCUACACAACCUGCAGCAUGAUGUUGGUGCCGGUGGUUUUAUUGCUCUCUCUGACACCAGCAGCUACUGAAGUGGGUCUCGGUGGUAAAGUGCUUCUGUUCCCGUACGAGACUGAUUUCAGCUAUGUUAAACUCACCCCUAAGAAGCCACUGGGCCUUACAGCGUUCACGCUCUGCAUGCGCGUCGCGACGGAGCUCCAGGGCGAGCGUCAGAUCAUUCUCUUCGCCUACCGGACGCCCGACUUCGAUGAGCUCAACGUGUGGAGAGAGAAAGACGGACGCGUGUCCUUCUACCUCAGUGGCGACGGAGCGUUUUUCCACCUGCCUCCUCUCUCCACCUUCCGGACCCACCUGUGCCUCACCUGGGCCUCGCGCACUGGACUCACGGCCUUCUGGGUGGACGGACGCCGCAGCGCGUUUCAGCUGUAUAAUCCGGGUCACAGUAUCCAGCCUCAGGGCACCGCUCUUCUCGGCCAGGACCCCGACAAAUACCUGGGCGACUUCGAGACGGUGCAGAGCUUCGCCGGCGAGCUCACGGACCUGAACAUGUGGGACUACGCCCUCACCGGAAACCAGAUCAAAGCGCUGUAUCUGAACCACGCGCAGCGCGUGCCGAGAGGAAACGUGUUCGACUGGAGCACCAUCGAAUACGAGAUUAAAGGAAACGUGCUGGUCGUGCAAGAUGAUUGAAAUAUUCAGCCACAUAGCGCAGUACAUGCUCAUUUGCUAUCGUUUUGUGUAUUUAUACAAUAUUCUGUUUAAUUGGAAAUGCGCCAACAAUGUAAGUCAACGUGCUAAUAUUUCAGCAUCACUGAGUAGUCUGAGCAUUUUUUUUUCAUCAUAAACUUUGGAUAAAGGAUAAAUCGAUGACUCAUAAAUGUUAUUUAAUUAAAAGUGUAACAAUAGACUAAUCAAUCGUAACCCAAAUAUUAAAGGGUUAGUUCACCCUCAAAGAGCUCUCGGAGUCGGAAUGCAUCAAAAAUAUCUUAAUUUGUGUUCUGAAGAUAAACAGAUCUUACGGGUUUGGAACGACUUGAGGGUGAGUAAUUAAAGACUUUUUAUUUUUGGGUGAACUAUGCCUUUAAGCCAAAUGAUUAUUUUUAGGCGCACUGCACUUACAUGUCAGCUUGCAUUGUUCUUUACCUGCUCAGAAAAUUGACACUUACUUGGUCUUAUCAAUCGAACUGACUAAAGCAUCUGCUAAGAACUUUUAAAUGUAGAUGGAACAGUUUGUCUGUACUUUAAAACGAUGUAAUAAAUUAUUUGUGCAUGUGA